AUGCCCUCUGGAUGGUAUAACCUUGAGGCGGCUACGGCUGCUGUACCGACAUUUGAGGAAGAGCCAGCAUUCUCCUUCCUCAAGCUAUCACGCACACAGCGAAUAUACGGCUUUGGAGCAUGCAUGGCAAUUGGGUUUGUUCUUUCGAUAAUAGGCACAUCACUCCUCUACCUCGGUUUGACGAUCCAAUUCGCGUUAAUGUUCACGCUGGGUACCAUCGUCUCGCUCAUCGGCACAGGCUUUAUUGUCGGUUUCACCAAGCAACUAACAGCCAUGUUCAAGCCUAUUCGAGUCGUAGCCAGUAUCGUCUUCCUCGGCGCAAUCGGCAUGACCUUUGUGGCCGCGUUCAUCCUGCACAACAAACUACUGUGCCUAAUUCUUGUGAUUGUCCAGUAUCUCGCUUUCCUAUGGUAUACGCUUUCCUACAUUCCCUACGCUCGCGAUGCAGUCAAGAAGCUUAUUGGGAUGUCGUAG